AUGAGACUGGACGUCGAUCUAAUCAACCGCGGUCCCCGGAUCUUCUGCGAUUCCUUCAAGAUCGUCUCUUUCACGGCAUGGCUAGGUUGGUGGUACCAAGUCACUCAGGAGUUCAUCGGUUUGGCACUCUACCGAGCUCUUCUCCGACAAUGUUCUCCUUCGGUCGGUAACCCGCCAUGGCUAGCCGAGACACAGUCCCUCAUCAAGCAAAGAUUCCGAAGAUACAGGCAAUUACAGAGUCCAUCCCAGGCGGCGAAUUCUCUGAAGGCCGGAUACAAGACUCUAGAUCUACUUGACUCGGCAUCAAAAGGAAAUAAAGAAGAUGCAGGCCAUGUCAGCAAAAUUCUUUCGCAGGCCAAAUCUGUCAAGAAGCAGUUCGCAGCGCAGCAAAGGAAGAAAACAAUGGUGGAAAAGCCGUUAUCGCCAAAUGAAAUGAAGAAGAUGAAGGCUGUUCGCUCCGAGCUAGAAACUUGGGAACGGAAACCAGACACCCCCUCGAUCUUAAAUCGCCCACAGCCUGUGAGCGGGAGACGAAAAGUACCGGUCCUGGUGAAUGCUCGUGGGAUUCCAUUCUUGCGCAUUAAGAAGCCACAGCCGGCGAAUCUAAGUGGAGUUAUACGGAACAAGUUGAAUAAACGCUGGGAGUGUAUAGAAGUGCGAGAUAAGCUGCAAACGGAGGUCCUUUUUGCCAAGGAUGAAGAUGUUUGGGAUCGCUUGACCCAUGGCGGGGACGAAGGCUCCUGGGCUGAACAGCCCAAGCUUGCUCUGGAUAAUAUCUAUCAAAAAAUUCAUGAAACGGAUAGGAAGACUCGUGAAAUGGCCGAGAAUAUGUGGCAGGUUGUUCUUCGGGAACGAGAAGCGCUUGCGGAAGAGGAAAAGCAGAGACAGAGACAAGCUUAG